GCUUCCAAGAAUAAAAGAGGCUUGAAAGGUUCUGUUGAUGAUUUCCUUGAUGAUAUUCUUGGUGAUGAUGAUCCAUCACCACGGACCUCUACUUCUGCAAGCAAAACCCGGGCUGCUCGUUCAACUAGCACCACUAAGAAGUCAACACUUGAUGAAGACUUUUUCAGAGAAAUCGCAAAGGAAGCAGAUGAGGAUUAUGAUGUUUCAGAGGCUGAUCCGGAGGCUGUUCUGGAAAGCUUGAAGGAUUUGGAAGAUAUGGAUGCAGAGAUAUUUGGAUCUAGAAAGCCAAACUCAGCUCCUGCAAAGGAUUCUGGGGUUACCCGAAGUACCAUCAGUGACAGAAAAGCGCAAAACAAGACUGGUACUAAAAAUGGAAACCUUGCUCCUGAGAAUGAGAAGAAGCCACAAUCUGCUCCUGCAGGCCAAGCCAGACCGUAUAAGAAAUUUUCCUUUGAUGAGGAUUCCCAGGAUGUAGAUAUUUCAUUACACCUAAAUGACCCACUUGAAGGUCUUCUGUCUGAUGAAGAUACUGGUGUUCCUAAGAAGUCAAAAGCUCCAAGUGCCAAAUCAGAAUCUGCACCAGCAAAAUCAGAAUCUAUAUCCGCAAAGACAAAUGACCCGUCAGUUGUUAGCCCAACAAGAACCCAAACCAGACCACGUCCAGGGACUCAAAGAAAGGACGACCUGAACUUUGAAGAGGAUGGAGAUGAUAUCAUGGAUGCUUUGGGAUUUGGUGAUGGACCACAAAGUUCUCAGAAAGUAGAGAGCUCUACUCUAAAGCCUGCACGAUUAAAAAUGGAUGAACUGUUAGGAAGAGGAACUUCACCUAAGCUGUUGGAGAGGCCUGCGACUGGUGGAAAGAAAGAAUUCAAACUGGAUCCUAAGUACCAGAAAAUGGCUGAAAAAGAGGAUCCACUGAGUGAUGAAAACUUUGCUUUUGGUUCCUAUCAACCGACAGUAGCCAUGAGCCCUGAAGGACGCCCAUCUCGCCGUUCAUCAGUCAGAUUUUCUGAGGACGGUAAUGAAAACUUGAAAUCAGAUGCAAGGUCGCUCACUUCCACCCCAGUAGCUCGAAGUCCAGCCCAUGGUGCAAAGAGUGGGGCUGAUUGGUUGGGACUUAAAGAUGAUGAUGUACGAGAUCUGUCUCCUUCAGUUCCUUUAAAAGACCCAUCCCACACAUCUGUUGUAAUGCCAAAUUCUGCUGGACGUCCCCCAUCUGGGACAAAACCAGAUAACCAAACUACUCCUCAGCCAAGAAGCAGCCAAACUACACCCCAGUCAAAGGCCAAUCAGGCUACACCACCCCCCAGAACCAUUGAGAAUAUACCUGUGCCAAGAGUUGGUGAAAUUACACCUGUGCCAGGAACUGGUGAGCCUCUAACCCAGCCAAGAGGCACCAGCGCAGAGAUCACUAUUGUGCCUCAGGAAGAUGAUGAGUGGUUGAUUUCUGCCUUGGCUCGUAAGAAAACUCAAAAGCAAGAGAAGGUAGAAGAACAAAUAGGGCAGAACCAAAGUGGACUAAAAGAGGAAUCUAGAAGUGGAGCCCCAGUUGCAUUAGUGAACACUACGCAGCAGCCCGGUCUUGGCGGCACAGUUACUGAGGCUGUACCAGCUGCAGCAGAAGUAUCUAGGACCCCUCUACCUUGGGAAAGUACUAGAAAAGGAACUCCUUCAGUUCAUUCUUCCAUUAUUCCUGCAGGUCCUAGACAAAAUGGAAGCCUUAAGACAGUUCCUUUAGCUGGACCUUCAGAUUCUCAUAGAGAGCAAAUUCAGCUUGGUCCUGUUGUGUUCAAGGCACCAGAAAAUGACAAGGAGAUGCUACGGUUAGAGGGCAGAAUAUUGGACUUGGAGGCAAAGAUCAGAAAGUUUCAGCUUGAGAAGGAACAGCAAAACAUGCUAAUGGAAACACUACAACAAAGACACAAAGAAGAUCUGGAGCUCAUAGAAAACGCACAAAGAAAUCGCUUGAAGCUGGUGGAGGAUUCUGCCCGCCAAAGAGAGGAACGCAUCCAGAAAGAGAACCAGGAGCUUUCCUCACAAUACCUUGCCCGCUGCCAGAGUGCAGAAAGUGAGAAAGCUGAACUGUUAGCCCAAUAUCAGCGUAAGCUGACAGAGUUCCAGCAGGAAAAGGACAAGGAGAUAGAACGCAUUAGGGAGCUGCAGAGGUUGUCUGUCCAGGAAAUGUGCCGAGACCAUGAGGAGCAGCUGCAGCGACUAAAGAGACUGAAAGAUCAGGAAAUUGUUGAUGCCGUGACCAGCGCUUCAUCACAGACGAGGUCAUUAAAUGGAGUCAUUGAACAGAUGGAGGCUUUUUCUUAUAAGCUGAGUGAUCUGUCUGUGCGAGUGGAGAACACCCAGAUGAACACUUCCCAGGAGAUAGAACUUGGAGCAAGACAGAGGGAGGGACAGCUUCGAGCGUUACAGGAGCGUUUGACACGGCAGCAGAAAGAUAUGGAAGAGGAACGGAACAGCUUGCGUAUGAUCAUCACCAACAUGGAGACUAGACUGAGUGAGCAGAGCCGCCAGCUGGAACAGGAACGUUGGAGGGUGUCUGCAGAACAUGCCAAAAUAGACUCGCUACAGCGCUCUCUAGAGGAACAAAAGAGAAUAAUGACCCAACAGAUAUCCCAGGAGAGAGAAGAGCUAGAGAGGGCAAAGAGCGCUCUACUGGAGGAACAACAGUCCGUUAUGACACGUUGUGCAGAAGAACGCAGAAAGCUUGCUGCCGAGUGGGCUGAGCUUCACACCCAACAGAAACUGAGGAAAGAGCGGGCAGAGAAUGAGAUCACCAAAGCGAAAAUGGCCGAAUCUCAGAGAGAGGGAGCUCUUAUCAGCCUCACUAAGGAACAGGCAGAUCUGAAGGUACAGGCCACCGAACUGCGUAACAAAGAAGAGCAGCUGGCUGCAGCCAGGGAGGCGCUAGAGAAAGAGAGGCAUGAGCUGCGACUUGAGAAGGAUCGGGUGUAUGCUACCGCUAUGCGUGUGCGCCAGCGAGCGGAGGAAGUAGAAAGCAUGAGCAAGCUGGCCUUGCAGCGUCAAGAAGAAGGGGAAAAUGCCUUAGCUGAGUCAAAGAAGGUGGAAUCAGGACACCAAGAGCGUCUGAGGGCCAUUCAGCAACAAUUGGAGAGGUUAAGACAGCAGGAACAACAUCUGAUGGAGGAACGCAAGAAUCUUGCGCAUCAGAGAAGACAGUUGAACCAGCUCCGCCAGGGACUGCCCACUAUUCAAACAGAAGCACAACAGGCAACAUCUGUAUCUGAAUCCAUUCAUCUUAAUGGUGUGGCCUUUUGCAAGCUCCAGUAGAAAGUUUGCCAUCUCUGGAAUUCCCCAGGACACAGCUCCUCAGUCAUCUGAUAUCUGUGCCAAGCUGGCUCUUCUCAGGCUGUCAGCACAGCGGGAUCGGGACUUUCUAGAAGAUGAGCAGCUUUUCCUAGAAGCUUUGAAGAAAACAAACAUUUCCUACUCUCAGACUGCCUAA